GCGCAGCGAAGAAGGAAAGAGGGAAGCAGGGGGAAGCCAUGGGCCCUCGACGCCUCCUGUUGGUUGGGGAGGGGAAUUUCUCCUUUGCCGUAGCUCUCAGCAGGACCCUGGACGCGAGUACUAGUCUAACUGCCACCUGCCUCCCGGGCCUGGUGGACUUGGCCCGGGAUCCAGUGGCCCAGGAGAAUCUGCAGCGCCUGCGCGAGCGAGGUGCCGAGGUUCGUUUUGGUGUUGACUGCACCCGACUGGCAGAUACCUUGGAACUGCACGACAGGGGAUUUGAUCGAAUUUAUUUCAACUUUCCACACUGUGGACGCAAAGCUGGAGUAGCUAAAAACAGGGAACUCCUUGCCAGGUUUUUCCAGAGUUGUGCAGAUGUUCUUGUAGAGGACGGAGAAGUCCAUGUGGCAUUGUGUAGAGGACAAGGCGGGACUCCUGCUGAUAAGCCCCAGAGAGAAUGGCACAACAGUUGGCAAGUGGUUGCCAUGGCAGCUUUAGGGGGGCUCAUUUUAAGUGAUGUGCAUCCCUUCAGCUGUGAGGCUUUGCCAGGGUACAAAUGCACUGGAUAUAGGAGUCAAGAUAAGUCCUUUCACAUAGAAGGUGCUUUGAAUCAUGUCUUCACCCGGAGCUUACCCUUUGAAUGUUCUCAACCCAGAAUCUUCAGGAUCAAACUAGGUGACCAGUGGUUUUCCUUUCUAGAACCAGAAGCACUUGUAGGAAAGUUGAACAGGUAACCUCUUGCCAUGGCUAGCCGAGGAGCUCGGCAGCGCCUGAAGGGCAGCGGGGGUAGCGGGGGCAGCGGUGGGGACACGGCCCCGGCCGCGGACAAGCUGCGGGAGCUGCUGGGCAGCCGAGAGGCAGGCGGCGCGGAGCCCCGGACAGAGUUAUCUGGGAACAAAGCAGGACAAGUCUGGGCGCCUGAAGGAUCUACUGCUUUCAAGUGCCUGCUUUCUGCAAGGUUAUGUGCCGCUCUGCUGAGCAACAUCUCUGACUGUGAUGAAACAUUCAACUACUGGGAACCAACACACUACCUCAUCUAUGGGGAGGGAUUUCAGACGUGGGAAUAUUCCCCAGCGUACGCCAUUCGCUCCUAUGCUUACCUGUUGCUUCAUGCCUGGCCAGCUGCAUUUCAUGCAAGAAUUCUACAAACUAAUAAGAUUCUCGUCUUUUACUUUUUGCGAUGUCUCCUGGCUUUUGUGAGCUGUAUUUGUGAACUUUACUUUUACAAGGCUGUAUGCAAGAAGUUUGGGCUGCACGUGAGUCGCAUGAUGCUGGCCUUCUUGGUUCUCAGCACUGGCAUGUUUUGCUCAUCGUCAGUCAUGGUUGGGAAGGUGUUUGUUCACUCAAUAAAAGUGAAAGCCCCUAUGGAGAUAUGUAAUAGGACUGUGGUGACGGGUUUACCCAUCGCCUUUGAUUUACUGAUCAUGAAACAGAGGUGGAAGAGUUUCUUUCGUUGGUCACUGGUGGCCCUAAUACUCUUUCUGGUGCCUGUGGUGGCCAUCGACAGCUACUAUUAUGGGAAGCUGGUGAUCGCACCGCUCAAUAUUGUUUUGUAUAAUAUUUUUACUCCUCAUGGACCUGAUCUUUAUGGUACAGAACCCUGGUAUUUCUAUUUAAUUAAUGGAUUUCUGAAUUUCAACAUAGCCUUUGCUUUGGCUCUUCUGGUCUUGCCACUGACUUCUCUUAUGGAGCACCUGCUGCAGAGGUUUCACGUUCAGAAUUUAGGCCACCCAUAUUGGCUUACCUUGGCUCCAAUGUAUGUUUGGUUUAUAAUUUUCUUCAUCCAGCCUCACAAAGAGGAGAGAUUUCUUUUCCCUGUAUAUCCACUUAUAUGUCUCUGUGGCGCUGUGGCUCUUUCUGCACUUCAGAAGUGUUACCACUUUGUGUUUCAACGAUACCGUCUAGAGCACUACACUGUGACGUCCAACUGGCUGGCCUUAGGAACCGUCUUCCUGUUUGGACUCUUAUCGUUCUCUCGCUCCGUGGCCCUGUUCAGAGGAUAUCAUGGGCCCCUGGAUUUGUAUCCGGCAUUUUACCGAAUUGCCACAGACCCAACCAUCCACACUGUCCCGGAAGGCAGGCCCGUGAAUGUCUGUGUGGGGAAAGAGUGGCACCGGUUCCCCAGCAGCUUCCUUCUGCCUGACAAUUGGCAACUUCAGUUCAUUCCAUCAGAGUUCAGAGGCCAGUUACCAAAACCUUUUGCAGAGGGACCACUGGCCACCCGGAUUGUUCCUCGUGACAUGAAUGACCAGAACCUAGAAGAACCAUCCAGAUACGUCAACAUCAGUAAGUGCCAUUAUUUAGUGGAUUUGGACACCAUGAGAGAAACACCCCGGGAGCCCAACUAUUCAUCCUAUAGAGAAGAAUGGAUCAGCUUGGCCUCCAGGCCAUUCCUCGAUGCCUCUAGGUCUUCAAAGCUGCUGCGGGCAUUCUACGUCCCCUUCCUGUCAGAUCGGUAUACAGUAUACGCAAACUACACCAUCCUCAAGCCCCGGAAAGCAAAGCAGAUCAGGAAGAAAAGUGGAGGUUAGCAGCACACCUCAGGCCCCGAAGGACAGCCGUCCGGUUAACUCGUGAUUCGGCUGACCUGACUUCCUCCACGUCAUUGCCUGUAUCAUAAAUGAUAAUAAAGGUCUUCUGACACGAA